AUGACAGAUACAUGGAGAGAUUUUGCUAAACCAAAGGCCAACACAACACUGGAAAUAGCCCGCUCUGCUACACCCUCCAGUCUAUAUCUAUCCUCGGUCCUUGCUCAAGAGCUCAACCGUUCUUCUCUAGGAAGAAAAUCAAUCAAUUGGGUUGAUGUUUCUUUGGCAAAAUCUGGGUCUUGCACAGUUGUUGUGGCUGCUGAAACUGAGGUAGCAGAGGCUCUGCAAGACGAAGAUGAUGUGGUGGGGGAAGGUGGUGUUGCUUCAACUCCUCCAACGAAGCCCAAGAAAGGCAAAGCUGCACUGCCUCUGAAGAGGGAUAGAGUACUGGCCGAGUGUUUUGCUUCUGGAACAUGUUGUGAUAGUUGUAGCUACAUAGAUCGUCAAGAUAACAUUGAGAAUAAGCCUCCAAGGGAAGCUGUUGUUGAAUGGUCCAUAGAGCAUAAUCCAAAUGCAUUCAGGCCAACAAAGAUUGUUGGUAGUCCACACUACAAAUGCAUGAGAGUUUCAUUACAAGGCUUUGUGUCAAAAGCUAGAGAUGUUAGGAUUGCUGCUGGCAGUUUUUGGCCUAAUUGCAAUCAAUAUAGUUUCACGUAG